AUGACAUUGCCGUUCAACCAGGAAUCAUGGAUCUGGUACACAUGCGCAGUUUGCAUGAUCGGAGCGAGGCUUAUCUCUCGAAAAAUCCUCUUUCGAUCCAUCAAAGGGCUCCAAUUCGAUGACUACAUCAUGGGCCUCUUUGUCACGGCCGCCUACACCGUCUUGCUCGUGUAUUCCAACAAAUGGUUGAAAGUCGACUCGAACCUGGAACCCCCGGGAUUUGACUUUGGCGUCCUCAGCCCUGAAGAGUUAUCGAGACGGGUGUAUGGAAGUAAGUUGGUAAUUGUGGUAGAGCAGAUGCAGCUUGCAGUGCUCUGGUCAUGCAAGGCCUGUCUUUUGAUCAUGUACCACCGCAUAACACGGACGGCGCUGCACUAUGAGAACAUUGCGAUCAAGGUUCUGGCCGUGUAUACCGCGAUUGGGUUUGUCGUCAUAGAGGUUCUCUACUUUUCGGCUUGGUGUCGUCCAUUUUCCGCAUACUACGCGGUGCCAACCAGCUCGCUGCAGUGCACGACGCUAGUUAACCACCGCAUCACGAAAGCAGUCUUCAGUAUAUCUUCGGACUUGAGCAUGCUUUUCAUCUCGCUGCCGAUGCUUGUGCGAUCGCUACUACCGAUGAGGAGGAAGAUCAUCCUAUGCGGCAUCUUCUCUCUGGGACUCUUUGUCGUGAUUGCUAGUAUCGCAAACGCCUACUCUUCCUUUACCAAUCCCUACAAGGCGACGUGGAUCUCAUGGUAUGUCCGGGAGUCGUCAACCGCGAUCCUGGUGGCCAAUUUACCCUUUACAUGGAAUGUUUUGAAGGAAUUCUUUGAGGUUGGGCAGUUUGACGUGUCUCCUCCAGCGUGGACUUAUCAUUCGGCUCGCACAGCAAGAGGCCGCACAACAACACAGCUACUGAACCAACAGAUGGGCACGACCAAUCGCACUUAUGCUACUAGCACCAACCCAAGCCGAACGCGACGAAGCGCGAGUCUGGUGAUGUCGUCGAUCGAGGUCGUUCCACCCAAGAACAGCCACCAAUCUGAUGACGCCAGAUCAGAUUUGAUGGACGAAGCAAUUGGGCUUCAGGACUUUGCGCCAGUAGUUUUGCGUAGCACUGAUGAUGGCGUCAAGGUUUUCGACCUGGAAUCAGGCCUAGUCGAUAAACUGGACGCGCGACCAGUUUCGUAUAAUCACGUUCGACAAAGCAACAACUUCAUGGCUGUUCCACAGACCAUUAUACAAGAUGGAAACGGUGGCUUCUACAUUGAUGGCCGCCCCAUCUCGUCGCCGUCUAUGGCGCAUAUUACUGUUUCCUCGAAGCGGACAAGCGCGAAUAGUGUGACGAGCUUGUUUCGGAGGCCAAACAGUCCGGUACCGAGUUACUCGACCACGAAGACGAAUGACGAGGGUGGGCGCAAGGAUAGCCCGGGAAUUAGCGGCGGGGAAGUGACGGCGGACAAAGGGAGGGAUGCGACGGAUGCAAAGGCACGAUCGCGGAUGAUGGAAUGA